AUGUUCACUUCGGCUUCGUCCGUGUCUUUCCGAUCGUCCACUCUCUCCUCUUCGUUACUCAAGAUGUACUCCUCCGCUAUCCGGGCCAGAAUGGCCACCUCCUUCGCUGCCCGUCGUGGCUUCUCCACCACUCGCACCCAGCUUGCCAGCCCCUACCACUACGCCGAGGGUCCUCGCACCAACAUCCCCUUCAACCCUCUCACCAAGCACUUCUUCUGGCGCUACUGGGCUUUCAUGAUUACCGGAUUCGGUACUCCCUUCGCCAUUGCUGUCUGGCAAACCUACAAGACCAAAUAAAUUGCCCUUCACACUGUAUUUUUCUUGCGAUAACAGUAUGGGCGACUAGGUGGUCGAAAACUUGGAUCAGGGUUGAAGCAGAGGCGGAGAUCAUGUAUAAAGCUAGAGAUUAUUAUCGAAAAUUGGUUCCGCCUGUUCCUGACCCCAUUGUAAUUGUGUAGAUGUUAAAAUGCGUAGCUUAAAAGGACGUUGAAAUAUGGAUGAAGUCAUUGGCUGAGCCGCUGUGGAAAACCAAAAAAUCUCUGGGUCGGCGCGAUUCAUAUAUCAGUCCUCACGAACACAACCACUUCCAAGCAACAAGACAGUUACUG